GAGCACAGGAGCACCAGCCAGACUCAUUCACACACUGACUCCUCAGAUACACAAGAAGAGCUCAAGGCUUGCAGAAAUUAAGCAAGGGGGGCGAGACACAGAAAUCCAGCAACUGCACAUGCAACAUUUCCUAUCUAAACUCUGGAUGCUACCUUCUUCCGAAGAGCUGGAUUUUCUCUUUAUUCCAAAGGUUGGCUUUUUCCUUAAUCCAAGAUUUUGGCAUCGGCUGACCAGUUGCUCCCAGGGUGCCCAGGAAGAAGUUUUGUAGACAGAGGCCAGCUCCUGCUCUUUGAGAAGAAGAAUGAGCAGCUCCUCCGUCGAGUCAUUAGUAAGCCCAGGGCUGGAGGACAGCCAGACAGAGAAAAUUCCAAGCCCAGGGAAGUCUCUCAGUCCUGUGCUUAUGUGUAAGGUCUGUGGGGAUACCAGCAGUGGUAAACACUAUGGUAUUUAUGCCUGUAAUGGUUGUAGUGGCUUCUUCAAGCGAAGUGUCAGAAGAAAGCUCAUCUACAGGUGCCAGGCAGGUACUGGGAUGUGUCCUGUGGAUAAAGCGCAUCGGAAUCAGUGCCAGGCUUGUAGGCUGAAGAAAUGUUUGCAGGCUGGUAUGAAUAAAGACGCCGUUCAGAAUGAACGCCAGCCCCGUAGCACUGCCCAGGUCCGAUUGGACACUGCUGAGCUUGACCCUGAAAAGGAGCACAUAGCCACAACCAGAGAGCCCACUUCGUCAUCUGCCAGCAGCCAGAGACCAGCUUCCUCCAACAUCAGCAGCAGUCAGACAACCAUCAGUCCACCAAACAACCACCGGUUCAUGGCCAGCCUAAUGACUGCUGAGACCUGUGCCAAGCUGGAGCCUGAGGACGUGGAUGAGAACAUCGAUGUGACAAGCAAUGAGCCAGAGAGGACAUCCACCGAAUACCAGAUGUCCAUUUACCCCCCGAGUAGUCUUGAGAACGUGUAUGAGACUUCCGCCAGAUUGCUCUUCAUGGCAGUUAAAUGGGCCAAGAAUCUUCCAGUCUUCUCUAAUCUACCAUUCCGGGACCAGGUGAUCCUGUUGGAGGAAGCCUGGAAUGAGCUCUUCCUGCUCUGUGCUAUCCAGUGGUCCAUGCCAUUGGAAAGUUGCCCUUUGUUGUCAUUACCUGAACUCUCCCAUUGCCCUCAGGGAAAGAGUAGUCCUGCCGUGGCUGACAUCCGCAUCCUGCAGGAGAUCAUGAGUCGCUUCAAAGCCAUUGCUGUGGACCCCACCGAGUUUGCAUGCCUGAAGGCUGUUGUACUCUUUAAACCAGAAACAAGAGGUUUGAAGGACCCAGAGCAGGUGGAGAAUCUACAGGAUCAGUCUCAAGUGAUGCUGGGUCAGCACAGCAGGACACAUUACCCAAUCCAGCCAGUUAGAUUUGGGAAGUUGCUGCUCCUCCUACCAUCACUCCGUUUUGUCUCUUCAGAACAAAUUGAGCUGCUAUUUUUCCACAGAACCAUUGGUAAUACUCCCAUGGAAAAACUUCUCUGUGACAUGUUCAAGAGUUGAAUGUCCCAAGCAGCAUCUCCUACUAUGUACUGACUCCUCCCUCUUCUCAACACCUCUAGGCCCAAAACGUCAGCUUUCCUGCUCCUCUGAUGCUGCUUGGCCUUCUGUGUUCAUCCAGCUCUACACCUUGUUAUCUCAGAUUCUCCAGCAUCUGCAGUACCUACUAUCUCUGAAACAACCUUCUACUGUCUGUUCCCUGUAUUAUUCUUGCUAACUUCCCAAAAACAUCAAGUCCUCUGUCUGCAACCACCACUAAGGCACUACACCCUAUGAUACCGUCUCUCUGACAUGUCACCCUACCUAUUUAUUAUUGUCUCACAUAUCAAAUUCUAUCCCAACAUUUUACAUACUCAGUUUUCCUGAACAACUAACGUUUCAAACCUUUAUAAUUUUUAAAUGUAUGAAGAUUGAAUAUAUUUCUAUACAAGAAUAAAACUGAAAUCUGGUUACUCCCCACCUACGUCCGUGGCACCACCCACGCCCUCCACCUUCUCCAGGACUUCCAAUUCCCUGGCCCCCAACACCUCAUAUUCACCAUGGACGUCCAGUCCCUGUACACCUGCAUUCCGCAUGGAGAUGGCCUCAAGGCCCUCCGCUUCUUCCUGUCCCGCAGGCCCGACCAGUCCCCCUCCACCGACACUCUCAUCCGCCUAGCUGAACUCGUCCUCACA